AUGUUGAUUGUUUCCUCGCUUGAUACGGAGGUAAAGAGUUUUCCAACAUCAAAUGAAGCUAGGGUCCGAUAUGCAGUCUAUCUAUAUAACUAUGUAUUACUCUCUCCUUUCUUUCUCUCUCUCUUCAUCUAUCACUUCUCCCUAUUGCUCUCUCCUCUCCCUCUCUCUUUAUCUAUCUAUCUCUUUCCUCUAUUUUUGUUCACCCUCUAUCUAUCUAUCUAUCUAUCUAUCUAUCUCUUUUUUCUAUUUUGUUGUUCUAUUCAUAUCUAUCUAUCUAUCUAUCUAUCUAUCUAUCUAUCUAUCUCUUUCCUAUAUUUUUGUUCACCCUCUAUCUAUCUAUCUAUCUAUCUAUCUAUCUAUAUAUAUAUAUAUAUAUAUAUAUAUAUAUAUAUAUUACUUCUCUCUAUUGCUCUUUCCUUUCUCUUUUUAUCUAUUUAUCUAUAUAUCUAUCUAUUGUUUCUCUCUAUAGCUCUCUCCUCUCUUUCUUUGUCUUUUUAUAAUUACCCAUCUAUCUCUUUUUCUCUCUCUCUCUCUAUCUCUCGCUUCUCUGUUUUGUUCUCUUCUCUUUUUCUCUCUCUUUCUCUCUCUCUGUAUAUAUCACUAACUUCUCUCUAUUGCUAUAUCCUCAACUCUCUCUCUUUCUCUCUCUCUCUCUCUCUAUCUAUCUCUUCUCUCUAUUGCUCUCUUCAUUCUUUUAACUCUCUAUCGCUUGUCUCUUUUUCUCUCUCCUCUUUCUCUCUUUCUCUCUUUAUCUUCUCUUCUCUCUUUUGUCCCAUCUCUCCCCUCUGUCUAUCACACUCUCUCUCUCUCUCUCUCUCUCUCUCUCUCUCUCUCUCUCUUUCAAAAAUAUCCUGUUAA